AUGAAUGGGGCCUUGGAUUGGCUAGAACUCAGUGAGCGGGGAGAGGUGGGCACGGGUCUCGGCCUGAAGGCCUGGGUUCUAAGGAGGCUCUGGUCUCGGCAAGGCUGGCUUGAGGGAGCCCCCAUCAAGAAGAAGCGCCCCCCUGUGAAGGAGGAGGACCUGAAGAGGGCCCGAGGGAACCUGACCAAGAACCAGGCGAUCAAGUCCAAGACCUACCAGGUCAUGCAGGAGUGUGAGCAAGCCGGCGUUGCCGCACCAUCUGUGUUCAGCCGAACCCGGACCGGCACUGAGACCGUCUUUGAUAAGCCGAAAGCUGGGCCUGCCAAGAGUGUCUUUGGCUGAGAAGUACACACCACGCCACUUCCCUGGGCACUGCCAACACCUCGACACAGGAGUCUUUCCCAAGAACUCUUCCAUGCCAGCACUCCCCCGCUCACCUGUUGCCUCUGGGACUGCCGCCCCUCCCCCCUCUCCUUGGCCCCUCAG